UUAAUUAUAGUGUAAAUGCAAAUUCUGAAAACAAGUUUUUAUAUCUUUUCCUCCAGCUCCACUCCGACAGACAUAGUUGCUCAUGAUAAUGUCAUGUUUUUUCCUAAUCGAUUCUGUACCGCUAGCUUGAUGAUCAGGAUUCAUCUUACAUGAUUUGUCUCAAGAAUGAUGGACUCCCAAAAAAGUGUUGAUCCUGAUGACCUCUCUCGGGAAAGAAAUGACGUUUUGCUUCAGGCAGACAGAAAAGAUGAACUCUUCAGUGUACCACAGAUGACAGACAUUACAAAUGAUCACAUAUCGCAAGAAAACCCCCAAGAUGGCUUCGUUUCUCAGAGUUUAAUUGACACUGCAUCUGCGGAUGAAGCAGAGGAACCCAGAUUAGAAGACUGUAGAGGUGCUGGGGCUCAAACAUUUGACUCCAAUGGGCAGAAGUCCAAAAGAUCCAGCUCACCUGGUCCUCAGCCUGUAAAAGCAACCUGUGUGGCAGAAAGUCAACCACUCACCCUUCACCUUAGUUCUAAAAUAGUUGAAAGUACUCCUAAUGAUGUAGAAAUGUUGAGCCCUGAAAGUCCAGUGUGUAAGACUUUGAACAUUAGCAGCUCUUUGGAUGAGGAGGAGGAUGCAAAGAUGCUCGCAGAGAACCCCGUUUUGGAAUUGGAGCUUCAUAUGAAUGAUCCAGGAAAUGCAGCCACAGAGAAAGUCAAUCUCCCUGCCUUUGGCUCUGAAGGUGCAGAUAAAGCAGAAAACAGCGAUUCAUCCUUGACUCAGCACUUACUUGACAGGCAAUCGAAUGAAGUUUGCAAAAGUGAUUCUUCGACAAGUUUUUUACACAACACAGAAAAAAACUUUCGGGGGACGCCCAUAGAUGAGCUAAACCGGCUGCCACAAUGUGCCCCUCCUCUGUCUCGCCUGAAAGCUAAUCCUGGUCACACUGUCACAAUCAGGACAGAUCUCCUCAGAGAGGGUAAAGUCCCUAUCCCUUACCCCUCCAAGUUCCAAGAUUCCUGGGAUGAUGCCCACGUGAAGAUGCCCUGUUCUGAGAAAAAUAUGUUUCCCAUAGAGACUGAGGACGGCAGUGGCUUACAAAGCCGGUGGGACCUCAUCCAUUCCUCCUUGCGAAGAGGGUUUAAAAGUUGUCUGGAUGUCAGGGAUGCAGUGUUGAGAUACAACAUAGCCCACUCAAAGAAAUGGGAUUUCACUGCCUUAAAUCUUCUUUGUACUGAGUACCUUGAGCAUGUUGAGGUUCAACACCUUUUUGAGGGGAUUCUGCCUAAGAUGGUUGAUCUAGCACUCAGCGCUCCUCAGCUCUGCACUAUGCCAAUUCCUUUACUCAAAGCAAAGAAAAACCAUUCCCUGACUAUGUCCCAGGAGCAAAUAGCUUGUCUUCUGGCCAACGCCUUCUUCUGUACUUUCCCCCGACGCAACUCUCGCAAGUCGGAGUACUUCAAUUACCCCGAGAUCAACUUCAACAGGUUGUUUGAAAGUUCUUCUCUUAGAAAAAUAGAAAAAUUAAAAACUCUGCUGUGUUACUUCAGGAGAGUCACUGAAACCAAGCCUACAGGUCUGGUUACAUUUACAAGGCAAACGGUCAACAAUCCACCACAUUGGGAAAGCUCUCAGGCUCUUCUGACUCGUUUACAUGUCACUUGUGAGGGAAUAAUUGAAGAAAAUGGAUAUGGAAUGCUGCAGGUGGACUUUGCAAACAGGAUGGUGGGCGGUGGAGUCACAGGAAAUGGACUGGUCCAGGAAGAAAUCAGGUUCCUCAUCAACCCGGAGCUCAUUGUGUCUCGGCUCUUUACGGAAGCCCUGGAACCCAAUGAAUGUCUCAUCAUCACAGGAACUGAACAAUACAGCAGGUAUUCUGGCUACGCUGAGAGCUACAAAUGGGUGGAAAGCUACAAAGAUGAGACCCCCAGGGAUGACUGGCAGAGAAGGUGUACAGAGAUUGUAGCUAUUGAUGCUCUCAACUACAAGGUCUCAAUAGAGCAGUUUUUACCUGAGAAGUUUACCAGAGAACUCAACAAGGCGUACUGUGGAUUUUAUCGAAGCAACAAAGCACCAAAGGACCUUUCUGCCAUAGCGACAGGAAACUGGGGCUGUGGAGCCUUUGGUGGCGACACGAGACUCAAAGCUCUGAUUCAGUUGAUGGCUGCGGCCGAGGCUGGGAGAGACGUGGCUUACUUCACAUUUAAGGACGCUCGGCUUAUGGCUGAGGUUCAUAAAAUGCACUCUUUCCUCUCUGAAAGACAAGUCACUGUUGGGCAGCUGUACUGCCUUUUGAACCACUACUACAACGAGGUGUGCAAGAACUGCCACACGGGCCGUCCUGAUGUCAGUCUCUACAAAUUUAUAUAUGAAAAAGUCCCUCCUUCCACAACUUCUGACAUCGCAUUCCCCGCUAAUGCUGCUGGGAUGUCAUCUGGGACAAAAGGUCCUUAUUAACUUCUCUUGUUUUGUUGUGAGGGUCUCUCUCAGUAUUUCAAUCACACUUUCUUUUGGGUUUGUUUUGUGCACGGAAAACAACCAAAACACAGUUUUGCCUUUAUUGUGGUGGUAAUGCAAGAGCAUCUUUUACGUAACCAGAUAUGGUCAAUUUUUUCAGAAUAUUACAGCAAUAAUAAAACCUUAUUUUGCUGUUGAGGCCUUUGGUCAAAAUGCAAUUUAGAGUUCAUUUUUUUUCUACAUCGUGGCCAAAUAAUAAUCAAAAGCAUGACACUUUAAAUAUUGUUAACCCAGGAAAUACUGACCUUACUCCAUCACUUUGUCUCAUAUUGUAUUUCUUCCUUUUUUUUUAAAUGACCAUUGUUUUAUUAAUGAACGCGGUUGUGCAGGGCACCCUGAAAGCAGAGAUAAUUAUAGGCAAGUUUGUAGUCUAUGCAUGGUUAACAUUUAUUUAUCAAGUAUUCUACAAAUAUAUGCGGCUCUUUUGAAGUAUAACAGACAUGCUGACCUUUACGAUUCAAUGAAAUCAAAAGAAAAAAAAGACUGUUUCAGAAAUUUCUGAUUAAAUUUAGAGAGAAUGUGUGGUCACCAUUUAUUUCAAUUCUUGUUACUUCAAUUCUUUAUGACUCCAGUUGUCAAAUUGUUACAACAAUAAUCAAUAAAAAAGUAUUUCUUUUAUCAUCAUUUUCUUUGAAUGUGGUUGCUUAUAAAUGAGGAUUUCCUGUAUUUUCUGACGAGAGUGUUCCAAUGUUGGGUUUUAGAACACAGUAAAUGCUGUAAAUGUAAUAUCUAGUACUGUAAUUCAGGUUUCUAGAUUGUACUGUUUUUAAUAUUAUUUCUUAAUUAAAAAAUAUGUCAAUCACUAUGAA